AUGUGCCGGCGGGCGCGGCUUGCGCAGCUUUCGCUGCUUCCGUUGCGCCUUGCGGUGCGAAGUCCGAGCUUCUUUUCGCGCCCCGCGGACACUUCCAGAAACUCCUGUGGCACUGGGGAGGGAGACCUGCGGCGGGAGACACCAGGAGACCCGAAGCGGCAUGCAAAGCAGGAGGCACAACUUCGAAAAGCCUUGUUCGCCCAACUUCGUCCAGAUGGAGGGAGCAAGUUCUGGAAAGACGUUUCAAAGCGGGCUGCAGUUGUCCAUGCAGCUGAGGAGCUCAGCAGGCACGGAUGGCUGCGCAGCACGAAGGACUUCACAGUGGUGGCCUCGUCGCUGAUCCGAGCAAGUCGGUGGUCGAGGGCCUUGGUGGCUUUGACAGAGGAGCUUCCUGACGCGUCGCUGCUUCCAGAUGCCGUGGCCUGGAAUGCCUGUGCGGCAGCUUGUGCCGCCGGGAGCCACUGGGUGGGUGCUCUGGCUCUCCUGGAGAGGGCGGCUGACAACUCUGUGCCCAUGCUUCGUGCUGCCAUGGACGCAUGCUUGAAGGCCAGCCUUUGGCAGACAGCGCUGCUGCUGCAACCAGACGGUGAUGUUGGAUGCUACGCUGCAGCUGCUCGGGCUUUCGGGCGGACAGCAAACUGGCAGAUGGCGCUUGUGCUUCUGCAGAAGUCGCCCUGCAAGACGUCGAAGAAGGAUGCAUCUCAGCUGCUGCGCGACGUGCUGGGCGUGAUGGCAAAAGCAGGCAAGUGGAAGCAUGCUUGUGGAGUGCUGACUGCCCACAUGGAUGCGGGACCAAAUUCAGAUCUGGUGGCCAAGUUUGAUAAUGCAGCUCUGAAUGCUGUGAUUGCAGCCUGCACGGAGGCUGCCAGGUGGGAAAAGGCGCUGGAAGUUCUCAAGGCAGGCCGUCCACUGAGGAUACAAACAGACGUGGUAAACCACAAUGCAGCUCUUGCAGCUUGCGCUCGAGCAGCCCAAUGGCGGAGUGCGUUGGAACUGCUCGCGGCGACGACGCUCGCAACAGGAGCGACGGCUGCGGAUGUUGCAAGCUUCAGCAUUGCAAUCACCGCGUGCGAGAAAGCCGGGCGGAGUCGAGAAGCCUCGCAGCUCAUGGAAGACAUGGCGAGCGCGGGUCUCCCGCUUGAUGCGAUCGCCUUCAGCGCCUGCAUCAGUGCAUGCGAGAAAUCCAACGAUUGGGCCAGAGCACUCUACCUCCUGACUGCAGCCCUCAGACAAGAGCAAGCUGAUUCCGUAAGCUGCAGUACCACGCUCAGUGCCUGUGAAAAGGCCUCGCGCUGGGAACUUGCCUUACAACUACUAUCUGGCCACUACCAUUGGGAGGUUGGUGCCGUUGGGAAUGGCGCAUUUCUGACAUCAUGCAGAAACAGCUCUCGUUGGAUGGAAGCCUUGGCUGUGGUUCGCACGAAACAGCGAUUAGAUGCCAUUGGCCUGACCAGUGCUCUAGGUGCAGCUGAGACAGCAGGUUAUAAUGGUGCCGUGUGCACACUUUUGAGAGACCUCCUGCACCAGACCAGCAUGCAAUUGCUUUUUGCCUGCAGAGUCGGGGGAGGUCCCGCAGCAAACCGAGCACAUGCCGCAUCGACAGGAGGCAUGGACGUCUUGGACAGCCAUGGACUUCUCCAUUUGGGUGGCUUGGUGGUGGCACGCGUGCGUGUACGACAGGCUGCCCUGAAGGAAUUCCAAGAGAAAGUUGCAGAGACCCCGGUGCUGCAGUCCCUCUGUGACUUAGGCAGACCAUGUUCAAGAGAUGCCAUGGAGGAGCUGAAGCUCCCUACCCAGCUCAGCCGAUGGCAAGUGGGCGCACGAGAUGUUCUGGCUGAGGUGCUAUUGAAUGCCUCGCCGAACUUGCAGCCCCUGCCGGUUCAAGCGUCUGCCCAACGAAUAGCGGCCUGGACCUCGCUUGAGGUUUCAGGACGCACUUGGCACCUAGCUGGUGCUCCGGAUGUAGUUUUUGGAGCACGAAGGUGA